AUGUUUCAUAUAACAUUAAAGCAUGCAGGCCCUUUGCUUUUGUUAGCUAGCAUUCGUCAUCACUACUGGCCCAUUGGCGGUAGAAAUUUAGCAAAAAAAACAUGUCAUCAGUGCAUAAAAUGCUGUCGAAUAAAGGCAAAUACACUUCAACCUGUGAUGGGUAAUCUUCCAGAACAACGUUUACAUCUUGAAUUUCCAUUCUUAGACACUGGAAUUGACUAUGCCGGGCCAAUCAUGAUAGCUGACCGAAAAGGCAGGGGAUGCAAACUUGUAAAAUCAUUUAUAUGUGUAUGUGUGUGUCUCGCUACGAGAGCUGUUCAUCUUGAACUUGUUUCAGACAUGACAAAAGAAGCAUUUCUAGCUGCUCUUAGCCGUUUUAUUGCUCGGAGGGGAAAACCACGCAACAUUUUCUCAGACAACGGCACAACCUUUGUAGGAGCCUUUAACGAGUUGGCUCGAUUUCUGUCACAAGAUUUAGAACUUAGGAAUUUCGAUUCAAGUAUUAAAUUUUCAUUUAUCCCUGCUUAUACUCCGCAUUUCGGAGGUAUUUGGGAGUCUGCAGUAAAAUCAACAAAAUAUCAUUUAAAGCGCACAUUAGGUCUAACAAAUUUAACUUUUGAAGAAAUGGCAACAUGUUUAACACAAAUAGAAGCAAUUCUAAAUUCAAGACCUUUAACUCCUCUAUCGGAUGACCCAUCCGAUCUCACUCCAUUAACCCCAGCUCAUUUCCUUAUCGGACGAUCAGUGAUAUUUGCGCCACAUCCUCAAGUACCAGAUAGUACCAAUAUCACUAGUCUGCAGAGGUUUCGCAGAAUAGAAUAUCUCAAGCAACACUUUUGGAAAAGAUUCUCUCAAGAAUAUAUCUCGUGGUUGCAACAAAAAUCUAAAUGGUGUAAAACAUCUGCAGAGCCUUUGAAAGUGGGUGAUCUAGUCAUCGUAAAGGAACCAUCAUCAUCUCCGCUACUGUGGCCACUUGGACGCAUACUUCAGCUGUACAGUGGUAGUGACGAUAUUGGAAGAGUUGCAGACAUCUACACACGACGAGGUGUCAUUCGCCGCGCUUUCAACACUAUCUGCCCACUUCCCAUCAAUUAUUGAAGACACUUCAACCGGGGAGUAUGUUUGAAUUCGGAAUGUCAAAGGUGUCAACGAGCGACGUCCGCUAUGACGCCUUACCCCUUUCCAUUUCCAGCCGUCAUGGGCGACACAUCUGUUUAUUUCUUAUAGUCAUUAAUUUUAAAUUCUUUAUUUUGUCACUUAUAGAUAAAUAAAAUCAUACUAAUAAUA